UAAGUGGGAAAGUGCGAGUUACUGCCAGCUGGGAUGAGGGUCAUCCACCCUCGGUAAACGCCACACCCUAGUAAUUCAUAGUUCACAUCAGCUGCAAGUUGGGACGGAGAUAUCGACAAGAAGGGAAUAAUCGAGUGCCAGUGCAGGGAAAUCCUCGCAAGGAUUUGGCUUUGACACGGACUCGGUUUAGGUUCAGGCACCGUUCGGUCCCACGGCAAACAGGCAAGGGCGUCAAGAGCAGAGAGUACAGCAGCGAGAAAAAUGAAAAACGAGAGAAGCAAAAAUGACAAAGAUAGAACGGCGGCCAAAAAGAAACCGCGAAAGCCACAACUUCCAGCUCAGCCACAGAGAGGCGAGUAAACCAGCUGAAAAUGGAAAAGCAAACACCGCAGCCUCAGGCUUGAAGGUACUAGGUUUACUCGCGCAAUCCACCAUUGACUUGGUUCUGACUACUCCAUACUACGGAAUACUACUAGUUCCUUCCCGUCAUCAUCCAUCCGGGGCUGUUGCUCUCUCCUUCCUUGUCUGUCACUUCACGUCUACUUGCAGGAUACGAACAGUAGUAGUAUCUCCGUCCCGACCUCCUCGGUGGCAAGUUUCAUCAUGCUCCUCCAAUAAGCAUGGUCAACGUUGCUUCACACGCUCCAUACUUCAUAGCAGUAGACGUCUGACAUUGCUCUACAUCGAUAAUCCCGGUACCGCCGUUCCUUUCUUUAGUAACAAGUGCUGCAGCAUAGAACGUGCAGAUAAGCAACUUCCUUCUCUAAGCCUGUCAGAUCGCAAAGACCAUACUUUAUCGCACCGUGCUUGUCUAUCCCCAUAUUCGCCACCAGUCCGGAGGAACAGGCGACGGGUCUUUCCGAUACAGGAGCCCCGGUUACAGUAGCUGCAAGGGGGGCUUUCCAGGUUUUGGAUGUCAAGUACAGCAGCGGUGCAAAAAGCAAGUCAACCGACCAGGAUGAGAAAUAGAGUUUCGUCAGACACAGGCCAGC